AUGGCAUUGGAAACAGAAGAUGAAGUUCAAUACACAACAAAAAGGCUUUUUCUCAGCUACAAGGGUGACAUCCUUGAUUACAUGGCAGGAUUGGAUUUUUCAUGUAACAAGCUUACAUGUGAAAUCCCACAAGAAUUGGGAUUCUUAACCCAACUUCGUGCUUUAAACCUGUCUCACAAUAACCUGACCGGACCUAUUCCUGUGAGCUUCUCAAAUCUUGCAAAAAUAGAAAGCUUGGACCUUUCUUCAAAUGGUUUGACCGGAAAUGUUCCAUCACAACUCAUUAAACUUACUUCUCUAUCUACUUUCAAUGUUUCUCAUAACAAUCUCUCAGGCAGACUCCUAGAAAUGCAAGCACAAUUUGGUACCUUCACAGAGGCAAGCUAUGAAGGGAAUCCACUUCUUUGUGGACCCCUACUCGUGAAGAAAUGCACGACUACUAAUUCACAGGUGACCAAUCCAUCAGAUGAAGAAGAAGACAAUGAGAAAUGGUAUGAUAUCGAUAUGGCAUGCUUCUACGAAAGUUCUAGUUCCACAUGUUUUGUGUUGUUAUUGGGAUUUGUUGCAAUUCUUUACACCAAUCCUUGGUGGCGUAGAAGGUGGCUAGACUGGGUUGAAGAUUAUAUGUUUACAUGUUAUUACUUUCUUUAUGUUCUAGUGAGGAAGCCUUCUCCGACCAUCCAUAAGUAG